GGAAUCGCACCUCUAUAAGCUGAUCUAGGCUUAUCACUGGCUUUCUGUAUAUAUUGGAAAUGCAAAUUGAUUUCUCCAAUUGCCGCGAGAUAAUUAUACAAUAUUGUUCCAUCGUGCAAUUGUUGUGAGAUUGUGUCGGGUUUAUUAUAAAAAGGUGGAGAAGUGAUGAAUAAAAGUUCAGUUGAUAGUCAAAUGCCUAGAAGAAAAAUUUCCUGUUCAGGAAAACGUGCAAUUAAGAUGGAUCGUUGGGUGAAUAGAGUGGCUGUGGUGACGGGAGCUAGUUCGGGAAUUGGUGCAGAAAUUGCCAAAGAUCUCACAAAAUCUGGAAUGAUUGUUGUGGGAUUGGCCAGGAGAGUUGAGCGUUUUGAUGAGUUGAAAAGUGGUCUGCCGGAUGAGCAGAAAAACAAUUUUCACGGAUUGAAGUGCGAUGUGAUGGAUGAGGAGGAAGUUGCAAAGACUUUUGCAGCAAUUGAGGAAAAAUUUGGUGGAAUUGAUGUUUUGGUGAAUAAUGCUGGAGUCUAUGAUCCCUCCAUGAAACUCUUCCAGGAGGGUAAUUCGUCAAAAAUCAGCGAAACUAUCAAUACAAAUAUCACGGGAUUUAUUUCAUGUACCCGAGAAGCCUUCAAGUCCAUGAAGAAACGCUCUUUUCCUGGUCAUAUCAUCAACAUGAACAGCAUCUCGGGGCACAAUGUACCCAAUUUACCCACGGAUUACUACUUCAAUGUCUACGCAGCCACAAAGCAUGCCAUCACAGCUCUAACUGAGACAGAAAGGCAGGAAUUUGCCAAGGAACGAUUGGGAAUUAAAGUUUCCAGCAUAAGUCCAGGAAUUUGCCAGACAGACUUAUCCCCCCAUUUCAGCAAAGAAGCCCUGGUCAGCUAUCCACAUCUCUAUCCCCGAGACGUCUCAAAUGCCGUCCUGUACGUUCUGGGAACUCCGCCACAUGUUCAGAUCCAGGAACUAACAAUUAAACCCAUCAGAGUGAAUUCGUAAAUUGCUGUGAAGUUUUUUUUUCUAAAAUUCUUUAAUAAAAGCAUUUGUUUCUGCUUUA